CCUUUUGCAUGUUUAGAUUUCAGAACUACAAAUCGUUUAAGCAAAUGAACCUAACUGUAUCCCAUUUGGCCACGACCCAGCUCCCUGUCAUCUCUUUCUCCCCAUCCCCUAACUGUCACUGUGUUCGAAGCCGCAGCACUGAAGUAACUCGUCGCCGCAGCACAAGACAACGUCGCCUGCCCUCAUCCUCGCAGCUGCUCAUCGAAGGCGCAUUACUGAAGCAACUCGUCGGCGCUCCUAGUAGUUGAUGGUGAAUAUUCCCAAUUUUUGAUAACAUUAGUACUAAUAUGAAGGUCAUUGUUUCUGGAUGUGCAAGAAGUUUUUCAGGUUUGGUCAUUCAUCAUUCUAAACAACCUUUUGGGAUUCGAAGAUGUAAUGAAAUCAAAUUUAAUGAUGACAAUGUCAUUAAGCUAUCUCAAAGGAUUCCUGGAGGAAGGAUUCAAUAUAUUCCUGCAAAGCCGUCUAGCAACAAGCAUGUUUUGUUUGCAGGAAGGAAUCAAUAUCAGUUGAGAUAUGAAGAUGACUUGCCUCAAGAACCUUUUUUUCUGACUCUUAUUAAGGAAGUCAUCUGGGGUACAAAAUCACUAUUUUCAUUUCUGGUUGAGCAGCCUGGUCAGCUGAAGUACAUAGAAUGGCCAAGCUUCCAAAGCACUCUGAAGACUGCAACCCUUACGCUGGUUAUUGUGGCACUGCUCAUUGUUGCGCUAUCAUCAGUCGACUCUGUACUGUGCUAUCUGUUGGCUUUGCUUCUUAGGAGGACUGCUUGAUAGAAGUCCAAACGCUUGGUUUUUCAUGCAUGUCUAUGCCUCUAUUUGCCAAUUGCUUACAAAGUCUACUUCCCUCUUAUCAUUGUUGGCCAAAAACCGCCUUUGCAACAGUAUGGUUUACUUGAUUUGAAACAUGUUAUCCAGGGAACAACAUGCCAACUGAGUGGAAAAAUGAAACUCUGCAUUUGUAUUGAUUUAAUACUUAUGCAUUGAAACUCUGCAUUUGUGUUGAUUUGAUACUUAUGCAUUGUAGGUUUGUAUUAUUUAAAUGGCAUAAAUGGAUUAUUUGGCUAA